AUGGAGGAUUCUGGAGCUAUUCUAUAUCAAAUCUCAUGCCUCAAGGACAUGCUCGAUCAGGUGAAUGAAGAAAUCGAAUCCAACAUUCAAAUGACGCGAGAGAUAGAAUCAGAGAUCGUCAAGUGCAUGGAGUUCGAAGCUGCUCUUUCUAUCAGAGAAUCCCAGCUUACCAAGUCGCUUUACAUUUCUCAUUUCGAAAUCGAUGGCUUGCUCUCUGUCACCGAUGAUUCAAGAAAUUCGCUUAAAUUUUUGGAGGAGAAGUUGAGUUGCCUAAGAACGAACCGCGAUGAGAUGCUAAAAAGGAUCGAAAAUAAACGAGAAGGAUUUAUCAAACUGUGCUCAGAAUUUCAAAGGGAGAUUGACAACAGUGAAACCAAUGAACUGGUGACUUUGAUAUCGGAGAAGGAGCUUCUUGAAAAAGAAAUUCAUCUCUUGGAAAACAAAAAUAAUGCUUUGAGAAAUUCAAUGUCGGCAUUUGUGGAUGAAAUUCUUGAAGACCUUUAUACUUCAAACGCUGGUAAUACUAUCUUAAUGUUUUCUUAUUAAUU